AUGAACAGAUCAAUAAGUGAAGUAAUAAACGACAGUCAUAAUAGUAGAACUGAAUCUUUUGAUCAUCAAUCAAUGACUGAUGAUGAACAUUAUGUACAAAAACGAAAAUCUCGUCGUAUUCGAACUCUUAUUAAAUCUUCUGUUGAAGAUAUUAUUCAUGAUAAACAAACAGAACAAAGUCAUAAUAUAAGAAAUAUAAGACGAAAUUCAGCAACAUCAUUGUUUGAUAGAAGACCAUUUCCAUUUGGACACUGUCGAGUUUGUAUGGACAAAGCAACAGGUGCACAUUAUGGGGUACCCACAUGUGAAGGAUGCAAAGGCUUUUUCAAGCGAAGUAUUUUACGUAAAGAAAAAUAUCGAUGUUAUUUUGGUGAUGGAUGUGUAAUUAAUACUGAUAAUCGUAAUCGUUGUAAAUCAUGUCGUUUUCAAAAAUGUUUAAAAGAAGGAAUGUCUGUUGAAGGUGUUCGAAUGGGUCGUAUUCCAAAAUUAGUCAAAGAAAAAGCUCUUGCUGAACAUCAUUUAUCAUCAUCAAGUAUAGAAAAUGAUGAUCCAAGUUCAUCAAUAGCAUCUACAUCACCAUCAUGUUUAUCAUCAAUAAAUUCAAAUAAUUUAACAUCAACAGAUAUGAAUCUUGAUUUAAUUGAUGAACCAUUUUUCUUGGAUGAUUUCGAAUCUGUAUCUAUUGAUACUCCUUCAACAACAUCACCAUCAUGUCAUAGUUAUGUAUUACCUGAAAAUUUGACUGUAGAUGAAACAAAAACUAAUCAUAAAGAAAAUCAAUCGAUAUUAAAUCAUUCAGUUUUAACGAAUUAUACAGUAAAUAAUGAAGAAAAUUUUUCAAAUAAUGCUCUUGAACGUAUUAAAAAACUUGUAUUAAAAUUAAAUUAUCCAAUGACAUGUACAGUAUCUAAUUAUGAAGAAUUAUCAUUUAUUCGAUAUCUUCGAAGGAAAAUAUUUGAUUUAUCAAAUACAUAUAAUGAUUGUACAAGACAAUUCGUUGAAAGAAUGAAUAAUAUAAUUAGUCUUGAAAUUACAGAAUUUUCUGGUGAUUAUCCAUCUCUUCAAGAUAUAUGGGCAGGAUUGACGGAUGCUAUUCCAUUCCAUGUGAAAAAUCUCAUCACAUUUGCUCGAGAGAUGCCAGCUAUUAAUGAAAUCGACUUCGAUGAUUAUCAUAAGAUAAUGAAUAAUCGUUUAUUUGAUUUUUGGCUGAUUAAACAUGCACCAUUAAUACGUAAUAAUGAAUCAUAUAUAAUGUUACCAAAUGGUCUUCAAUAUACUCGCCAAUGGAUGAAUAAAAUCAUAGGUGAAGAAAUGGUUGAAAUAAUGUUUGAAUUUGCAAAAAAAUUUAAUGAAUUAAAUUUAACACAAGAAGAAUAUGCAUUAAUNACAAGUACUGUGAUUACUCAUGUUGCAAUAACAGACAGUUAG